CGGCCCCUCUUAGCACAGCCUAUAUGAGAGAGAUCCAGCUGUAAGGAUAGCCCAGUCAGCCAUGGAGCCAGCUGCCUUACAGAUGUGGAGAUGGCUAGCGUUUGCUUGCUUCAGCUGGACAUGUUUGGGCCAGGUUGCUUCAGUACCGUACUACAUAGUGACCAUCCCAGCAGUGCUGGAGGCCGGGGCUGGAAGCAGGUUCUGCCUGAGUCUGCUCAGGCCAAAUGAGACGCUGCAGAUGACUGUCACUCUGAUGUCCGAGGACGAGAACAUUACGCUGUUUCAGCAAACCUCCGAUAAACAGUUUCGCCAAUGCAUUCUUUUCAAGGUUCCAAAAGUGCAGAAUUCUGUACAGGAAUUGGAGGUUAUUCUUCAAGGCCAAGACUUUGUAAUGAAAGAAGUGAGGAAAGUGAUGAUCAAAUCUUACAACCCACAGACGUUCAUCCAAACGGAUAAACCCAUCUACCUCCCAGGACAAACUGUACAUUUCAGAGUGAUAACCCUUGACAGCAAACUCAGAUCAGUCAACGAGCUGUACAAGAACAUUUUAAUCAAGUAUGGCACAAACCGGAUUGGACAGUGGUUGAAUCAGGCACCGAACGGAACAUUACUGCAGCUUUCUUACAAAUUGAACUCUGAGGCACCUGUUGGAACAUACCGGAUUGAGUUGUGGAAUGUGGACGACGAAGUCCAAUUUUCACAAAGCUUUGAGGUGGAGAAAUAUGUACUGCCAAAGUUUGACGUGAAGGUGACGGCGCCUAAAGAAAUAAGUGUUGCUCAAGAGGACAUAACAGCAGAAGUGUGCUCAACCUACACAUACAAACAACCUGUGCCAGGCACCGCUUCGAUGCAUAUCUGCCGACCUCUGGAUCAUUAUGUCAUGAUUCCAGUGAGGUUAUCGCCCAACCACCCAGAGGGAGAACCUGAGUUUGUUGUCCCUUGCCACAAAGAGACUAAACAGCUUGACAAGACUGGCUGUGCAACAUUUAACUUCAACAUGGCACUUUUUACACGUGUAGAAAAGUUGGUAAGGACUGAACUUUCUGUCACCGCGGAAGUGGAAGAGGAAGGGACAGGACUCAAUUACUUGGGGAGUGAAACAAUUCAACUUUCAUACGUGAUUGGAAAACUUUCAUUUGUUGAUACGCCCGAGGUUUAUAAGAAAGGAUCGGUUGUGGAAGGCAAGGUGAAGGCAGUAUACUUCAACAACACGCCCAUCCCAGACAUGUUGCUCCAUCUGUUUGAGGGUGAGAGGUGGUCAGAGAAAAUGCUAAGUCAAAACCUCACCACAGAUAGUGAUGGUAUUGCCAGUUUUUUAUUUGACACAUCCAGAUAUCCAGCCGACUUCCAAUUUACAGUGUCUGCGCUGCCCAUAUACCAAGAGUACCAAGGGUACAGAACUCCUCACUACGAAGACGGCGAACACACCUUCAUGCUGUUCAGGCUCAAAACAAAGGACACUCCAACCAUCAGCUCCCUGGAGGUGAAGAAGAGGGAGACCAAGCUUGUCUGCAACGUGGAGGAACUCAUCAAUGUCCGCUUCGCUUUUGUUGGGGAGGCCCCGGGCCCCGUGGAUAUAAUGUAUCUGAUCUUGGCCCGAGGAGCCAUAUCCAGACAAGGACUCAUGAAGGUUGAAGUUCUGGAUGAACCUGUGACCAAGGGGGAAGUCUCCAUCAAGUUGGAAGUGUCUCCCGACAUGGCGCCAUUGGUCCAGGUGGUUGUGUACGCUGGCCUUCCCAGUGAGAACGUCAUUGCCCACAAAGCUGAUUUCGACACAGAGAAAUGCUUCGCUACCAAGGUCUCGCUGGAGUUUUCUCCCAGUACAGCCGUCCCAGGCGAAGAGAACAGACUGCAGCUGAGAGCCAACCCAGGCUCCCUGUGUGGCAUCACUGCGGUGGAUCAGAGUGUCCUUAUCAAGGAGCCCGGGAAGAAGCUGACUGCUGACAAGAUUUUUAACUUGUUGCCAGUCCAGAGAGCAAGCAUGUAUCCAUAUGAAGUCAAUGAUCCUGAGGCUUGUUUGAGGGUGAGAUCCAAAAGAUCUAUCCUACCAUACCCAGUCCAUGAUGACAGCAACGCGUACUCAGUAUUUGAGGGAGUGGGGCUGAAGAUGUUGACAAAUUUGGUUCUCAAAUCACCUUCCUGUGUCACGUACAAUGGUGUAAACUACUACCAUCAACGCAUGGUAACUUAUAGGUUGAACAGUUACCCAAUGGCAGUUGCGAUGAACAGAAUGGAUGCUCAUGGAGGUUCUCACCCUCAACCUCAAAUCAUAGAGACUGUCCGCACCUUCUUCCCUGAAACAUGGUUGUGGGACAUAGUGGAAGUGGGAAAGUCAGGUCUGGAGGAGGUGCACGUAACCGUCCCGGACACCAUCACCACCUGGGAGACUGAGGCUUUCUGCCUGUCAGAGCAGGGUUUUGGCCUGGCCUCGCCCAAAGAGCUGGUCGUCUUCCAGCCCUUCUUCCUGGAUCUCAGCCUCCCCUACUCCAUCAUCCGAGGGGAGAACCUGGAGCUGAAGGCGACCGUCUUCAACUACCAAAGCAGCUGUAUAAUGGUGAGCAUGAGCCCCUUAAUCUCUUCAGACUACACUCUCACACCACUCGCCGGGGCCCAGCAAGCCUCCUGUCUAUGUGCCAAGGGCCGCAGGACUCACAGUUGGAAACUGACCCCAACAGCCCUUGGGCCUGUGAAUGUGACCAUGAUUGCAGAGGCAGUGAGUUCCCACACCUCGUGUGACAACGAGAUUGUGAACGUACCCGAGAGAGGCCGCAUCGACGUGGUCACGCGUUCUCUCAUCGUGAAGGCUGAGGGAACGGAGCAGACUAAGACACACAACAUCUUGCUCUGUCCAAAAGGAGAGAGUCUUCAGGAGAAGGUGGAGCUCAGCCUACCUGAGGAUAUGAUCCAAGGAUCUGCCAGAGCUUCAGUUUCAGUCCUGGGUGACAUCUUGGGCCGAGCCCUCAAGAACCUAGACGGUCUGCUGAGCAUGCCUUAUGGAUGUGGAGAGCAGAACAUGGCUCUACUCGCCCCCAAUAUUUACAUCCUGGAGUACCUGACCAACACACAGCAAAUCACCUCAAAGAUUAAAGCCAGGGCCACUAACUUCUUGACCAGUGGCUACCAGAGGCAGCUGAACUACAAGCAUUCAGAUGGAGCUUACAGCACCUUUGGAACUGGAUCUGGGAAUACCUGGCUCACAGCAUUUGUGCUGAGAUCCUUCGUCAAAGCAAAGUCUUUCAUCUACAUUGACCCAACCAUCUUAGCGGACGCUAAGUCUUGGUUGGAGAGCAAACAACAAGACAACGGCUGCUUCCAAAAGUUGGGCAGUCUGUUCAACAACAGAAUGAAGGGAGGCGUCUCAGACGAAGUCACUCUCUCUGCGUAUGUGACGGCCGCUUUGUUGGAGACCAAUAUGUCUGUUUCUGAUCCACAAAUAAACAAAAGCAUGUCUUGCCUGAGGCAAAGCCUGGGUGAUAAAAGCAACACGUACGCCACGUCUCUGCUGGCUUACGUCUUCACCCUGGCUGGAGACAUGGAGGCACGGACUUUGCUGCUGGAGCACCUGGACAAGGUGGCCACACAGGAAGGGGGAAACCUCUACUGGUCUCAGAGGUCUGAGAAGUCAAUGUCCCUCUCCGUGGAGAUCAGCUCCUACGUGCUGCUGGCCACUCUCAGCGCCACCCCCACCACUGCUGACCUGGGCUACGCCUCCCGCAUCGUCAGGUGGCUCACUAGCCAGCAGAACUCCUACGGAGGCUUCUCCUCCACACAGGACACGGUGGUAGCUCUUCAGGCCCUCGCUCUUUACUCUACACUGGUGUUCAGCCCAGAAGGCUCCAGCACUGUGGACGUCCAGCUCCCCAGCGGCCAGAUGACCUUUGAGGUGAACCAGGACAACAAACUGCUUUACCAGGAGAGGUCGAUGAAGGACGUGACGGGAAAAUACAGUGUGGUGGUGAAAGGCACUGCUUGUGCCUCCAUGCAGUUGUCUCUUCACUACAAUAUUCCAACGCCAAGAGAUGAAUCGAGUUUCAGGAUCAAGGUGACACCCGACUCUGAAUGCAGCACCAACCAGCUGAGGCCUAAGGUCACCCUUAGGCUAGAGUCCAAAUAUGUGGGAAAGGAGGAUUCCACCAACAUGGUGAUGGUGGAUAUUAAAUUACUGUCUGGAUUUGUUCCUGAGCCAGAGUCUUUGAGAAAGCUCAAGUCUGCACUGCUGGUGGAUCGCGUUGAACAUAACGACGAUCACGUCAUCAUUUACUUGAAACCGUUUUUUGCGGUUGAUGUGCCCAUCAACCACUUUUUAGACAUCUUGCAGGACAUUGAAGUGGAGAACCUGAAGCCUGCUGUGGUCAAGAUCUACGAUUACUACCAGCAAAGUGACCAGGCUGAGACAGAAUAUAAUGACCCUUGUAAUAAAAAGUUGAGGAUUGCAGAUGAAUAAGCAGAUAUUCAACACUUAACCCAAGCUUUCAACAAUGCAAAAACUCAACCAUUUUGUUCAAAGUAUAUUGGUCGAUAUAUUACUACUCAUUGUUUGUUAUGUGGUAUUAUUGGUGGUUUUAUGUCACAAAAUAAAAUACUUUGUUGCAUUUAAAA